UUUUGUUUGAGCAGUUGUUCGUAGUGAUUGUGAUAAAAUGCUCUUCUCUUAAUAAUAAUUCAGACUGAUAUACAAAGAAAAUUUACCUACAUAUAGUGUUGCACAAGAAAAACAAUAAUUGCAGUAUCAACAUUUCAAGCACAAAUAAUUGAAAACUUUCUAUAAAAGAAGAUGGAAAGUUUUAAAUUUGAGUUUGUAAGAAGCUGGGUUAAUUCAAAGUGUUUUUGAUAUCAUAUUAUGGAUGACGAGCUUGAAGAUAGAAUUCUGUAUCAGACAUAUGUGUCACACAUGAAGCUGGUAUCGAAAUUUGCAGUGGGUAUUCCCACUGGAUUAAAUGCUGGGAUAAGUACUCCUUUGGGUUAUUUUUGGAGGAUCAUAAGAGCUUAUGCAUUGAAGCCAGAAGUGUUAAUUUGUGGCAUAGUUUUGGCAGUCGUUCUGUUUUACAUACAAGCUGUUGAUGUAUGGAGUCGUUCUUUAUUAGGAAAAAUCCAGUAUACUCUGGGUCGUACCACAUCGAAGGUAUCAAAACUACAAUUUUUGGUCAAUGAUUCUGUAAAUAAUGGAGUAAAACUUAGCUGGGAAUUAAAACAAGGAUAUAUUGCUGCAUAUGCUGUUCAAGGCCAUAGAGCUCGUAUGGAAGACCGUUUUGUUGUAAAUGAAGAUAUGAAUAACACUGGUGUAUCUUUAUUUGCUGUAUUUGAUGGGCAUGGUGGAGAAUUUGCAGCAAAUUAUGCUCGUGACAAACUUAUUCCCAACAUUAAUCAAAAAGUGAUUGAAUUAAAAGACAUGAUCGCUGGCAAAGCGCCUCGCGCACCAGAAGACACGAAUAAAGUUGAAGAACCAGAACAGAAAGAAGAAAAGAACGAUACAGGACAUCAGACAGAACGUAGAAAAUCUUUUCGUAAAACAGUAAGCACCUCACUAACGGAUGAUUGUAUGAAGAAAAAUGUUGGAGUAACUGAUCCAGAAUUACUUGACAAACUAGAUAGCUUGCCAAGACCAAUUACGAGAGAGGUAAGACCAUGCAGGACAACAGAAAAACCGACAAAAGUUGAUAUUACAAAUUAUCUUGAUGGAAAUAAGAUAAAUUAUGGUAGAUUACUAACCGACGAAGUAUUAGCAGUCGAUAGAUUAUUAGUCGAAGCUGCUAAAAAGAAUAUGGAUGUAGCUGGUACAACUGCGUUGAUUGCUUUGCUAGAAGACAAUAAAUUAAUUGUAGCAAAUGUUGGAGAUUCAAGAGGUGUUAUGUGCGAUGGAAAAGGCAAUGCAAUACCUCUGUCUUUUGAUCAUAAACCUCAGCAGGAAAGAGAAAAGAAAAGAAUAAAUAAGGCUGGUGGUUUGGUAACAUUUAAUGGUGUAUGGAGAGUUGCUGGUAUAUUAGCAACUUCUCGAGCUCUAGGAGAUUAUCCUCUAAAAGAUAAAAAAUUAGUAAUUGCUGAUCCAGAUAUUUUAACUUUUGAUCUUAGCGAUCAUAAUCCCAUGUUUAUUGUUUUGGCAUCAGAUGGUUUGUGGGAUACUUUUACAAACGAAGAAGCUGUAGCGUUCAUUAAAGAACGUAUAAAUGAACCGCAUUUUGGAGCAAAAAGUAUUACAUUACAAAGUUACUACAGGGGCUCUGCUGACAAUAUUACAGUAGUUGUAAUUAAUUUAAAAGAUCGCAAAUACAGUACAUCAGAGACCAAAAAGAAUCAAUAAUGUUUUAAGUGUACAACGAAUUUCUAUGUUUUUUCCAAAGGUAUUCUAGUCAUUGAUUAUAUACUAACGGCUAAAGCAGAAAUCCGGGAAGAAAUAAAUGUACUCUUGUUGUAUGUAUAAAUUAAUAUUUCAAUUACUGAAAUAUUUUCUGUUAUUAAAGUAAGUAAUUUUGUUUGCCAUAACGAUUUGUUCCUAUACAUUUUAUUCAGUAUUUUAUAAAAUCACAUAUUGUUGAAUAAUCUACACUAUGUGUUUCCUUCCUGUACAUAAUGUUUCCAGUAAUAACAGUUUAUAAUAUCAACUUUCCGUUUGAACAGUAGAAUGCGAAUACAAGAUGUAUGUUUAUUUAUGUACGUUAUACAUUGUUGUAAUGCUGACCUAAAUAUAUGUAAUGUAUAUAAAAUUAUGUACUAGAAUAAAACUUUUAAUCAAUACUAAA